AAGGUCUCCAACAUCACAUCCUUGUAGAGAUUUUUCUGGGAAGGAUUCAGCAAAUUCCACUCUUCUUGAGUGAAGUUGAUGUGCACAUACAUCAUCAUAGGUCACUGCCAUGUUGUGCUUCUCCAUUUUGCCAAAGUCCUCAGCUCAUCAUCUCUCUGCAACAGCAACUGCACCUGAGAACAGGAAUCCACUGGCGGCAGCUCCUCUGCAAAGCCAAGACUCUGGACACACUUCUUAAUCUCUCUUUAUAUCAGGGUCUUCCUUUGUAGAAUGAGAAGUACCAGCUGCCUCCAGAAUUGCUAUGAUGUUCACAGAGUUGUAUGGAAAGCACCUUGUAGAGUGGGAAGCCAGGUAAAUGCAAAGCAAAUGUAGCUAUUGUUACUGUAAUGAACAAGACAAAGUUCCUGCUCUCCAGGAGUUAGCAGAAAAAUCUAGGACAAAAAAGAUGCAAAAUAACUGCAGAAGAGCAAUCAGUGGUGGCUUAUGCUAGGCCCUAGGGAGAGAGUGCUCUGGGAAUAGUUGGUAGUAAAUUAGGUACCUCUUGUGAGGAGCAAUAAUUAGCAGGAAAGAGGCAUUUGAGUGGAAGGGUGAGCUAAGACAAGCUUAACUAUGUACCUUUGACUGACCUGGUACUCACACUGUAGCAGAUUGGCCCGAGACUUAGGGCAGUCCUCCUGCUUCAGCUUCUGAAUGUCGGAAUUACAGAUUUUCCUCCUCCUAUUCUGGUGGGUCUGAAGAUGACAACAGCAACACGACAAGAAGUCCUUGGCCUCUACCGAAGCAUUUUUAGGCUUGCACGGAAAUGGCAGGCAGCAUCAGGGCAGAUGGAAGACACCAUCAAAGAAAAACAGUACAUACUAAAUGAAGCCAGAACACUGUUCCAGAAAAACAAAAAUCUCAUGGACCCGGACCUGAUUAAGCAGUGUAUAGAUGAGUGCACAGCCAGGAUUGAGAUUGGACUGCAUUACCAGAUUCCGUAUCCAAGGCCAAUUCAUCUGCCUCCAAUGGGUCUCACCCCACUACGAGGCCGGAGACUACAAACCCAAGAGAAACUGAGAAAACUUUCCAAACCAGUGUAUCUGCAGUCUCACGACGAAAUUUCCUAAUGGAAAGGACAAUUGGCUUUUGAGAAUGGUGAGGGGACUUGGUUUUGAAUGUAAAUCAGGCAACAUGCCCUUCUUGAUUGGAAGCAAAACCAACACUUCCUUUAGACCUCCAGAGUUGGUCCUCACCUAUGACAUGUGAGCAUCCCUAGGAUUUUUGGUGCCCUUGCUGUUGCCUAAGCCAAUGACAUUGCAUCUAGAGGUCAUGGACCUUAAGUCUUCACCAAAGUCAUCCUUGGGAGCAAGUCUAAGGCUUGUGGAGGAAGGCUGAAGGCAGUUGCUGGGACCGCCAUUCAACACACAUCAACUGAUCAAAGGGGGUCAACUGGUUGCUGCAGAUUCACAUGGCUACCAAACUCUGUUGCUCCCAAAAUACUUAGUAGAGGUUUAUCCACAAGUUAUUCGUAUGCUUAAAAGUGAUUUCUGUAUAGGCAUCUUGUGGUCACCUGACUCUUGUAAUUUCCAUAUAUACCCCAUUAGAAAGGGCAGCUUUGGAUUGAUCAUACUUUGUUUUGUUUUGGGUUUUUUUUUAAUAGGGGGGGUGUUUGAGACAGGGUUUUUCUAUGUAACACUUGCUGGGAUAGAAUUCUCUAUGUAGACCAGACUGGUGUUGAACUUGUGUUGUUCCUCCUGCUUUAGCUUCUCGAGUGCUGGAAUUACAUGAUCAUGUGGUUUUUUUUUUAAUGGAAAUAUGGUAUGGCACCCUUCUCCCUGUUGAUAAUUGGAACUACCUGCCUUAGUUCUGUUUACCCUGUCUUAAGUGUGAUUACUUAAAAUGCACUUAGGAUCUAAAAGCUUCGUUGACAUCCUGCAUUUCUUCUAGUCUACUUUAACCUAAUUUAAAAGCACAAGGUCCAGCUGACUUCCAAGUUAUAUCCAGACAGAAAUAGGACAGAGAGCAUGUGUGGAGUCGGGUGGGAGUUCACAGAACACUGUUUGCACACCAGCAGAGAGUGGACCUCACUAAUAAAGAUAAAUGUCUACUUA